AUCUGUUUGUGUUGCGUGACAGUGACGACAACAUUACUGUCAACGUGCGUCGUUGCGUUGUUCAACGAUAUUAAUUUAAUAUUAGAAAAACAUAUAAAAAAUAAAAUUUAUACAAGCGGCGUUAAGACGCCAGUGGGUGUGUCAUAAUGAAGACUAUGUAUAUAAUUUUGGUGUUCGUCUUUUUACAAACAGUUUAUGGUCAACGUACACCAACAAUAUCUUACAUUACUCAAGAACAAAUUAAAGAUAUUGGAGGGACUGUAGAGUUUCGUUGCUCUGUUCAAUAUGCACAAGAUUUCCCAGUUAUAUGGAUAAAAAUUAAUAAAGAUAUGGCAAAUGAUCAGUUGCCUCUUUCACAUGGUAGUUCUUUAAUCAUAACAGAUACUAGAUUUGCUCUUAAACACGAUGAGGCUACAUCUAGUUAUAUACUACAGGUAAAAGACAUACAAGAAACUGAUGCUGGAUUUUAUCAAUGCAAAGUGCUAAUAUCUUUGAACAACUAUGUAACUGCAAACGUUGAACUGCAAGUUCGUAGACCACCUAUUAUAAGUGAUAAUUCAACUCGAUCUCUUGUUGUCAGCGAGGGACAACCUGUGCAACUAGAAUGUUAUGCAGGUGGAUUUCCUGCACCUAGAAUUUCAUGGCGUAGAGAAAAUAAUGCUAUUUUACCAACUGGUGGAUCAAUUUAUCGUGGCAAUACAUUGAAGAUCCCUGCAAUUCGUAAAGAAGACCGUGGAACAUAUUACUGUGUUGCUGAAAAUGGAGUAGGUCGUGGAGCUAGACGUAACAUUAAUGUUGAAGUUGAAUUUGCACCUGUGAUCAGUGCACCCAGACCACGACUUGGUCAAGCACUGCAGUAUGAUAUGGAUUUAGAAUGUCAUGUUGAAGCUUAUCCUCCUCCAGCUAUUACAUGGUUUAAGGAUAGUAAUGUAUUAUCAAAUAACCAGCACUACAGUAUAUCACAUUUUGCAACUGCAGAUCAGUAUACUGAUACAACAAUCAGAGUAAUAACAAUUGAAAAGAAACAAUAUGGAGAAUACGUUUGCAAAGCUGCUAAUAAGUUAGGAACUGCAGAAACAAGAGUAGAAUUAUUUGAAACAACUGUCCCUGUGUGUCCACCAGCUUGUGGCCAAGCUCUUUAUUAUGGGGCUGGAGUAGAACGAGUUUCUUCAGGACUUUUGGUAGUCUUAGUUUUAUUUAUUACGGUUGUUAUGAGAAAUUUCUACGCCAAAUAUUAAUUACCCUGGACUCCAGUGGGCAACGGCGAGUCGAUGCAGUUCGUCCAAAUGGUUGCUGAUAUUAAUGUGGUUCAUCAUUUUUCAUAAAUAUACAUAAUAUUAUAUUAUACAUAAAUAACUCUAGGGGCCUCAUUUGUUUUAAACACUUUUUAGAUAAUUAUUUUUGUAGUUAUUUACAAACGAAAUUGAUUAAUGAUUAGCGAACAUAACGAAAUUAUUAGGGGCCAGCAAUAUAAUACACGUUGGCAAGGUACAAACUAACAUUCCAGAUAAAGUGCAUAACUACGCAUAGUGAAAAAAAGCAAAGUAAUUUUACUAAGUACUAAUAGUUCGAUAUACAUAUUUAGAUAUGUAUAUUGUAUAAUCUUUUUCAUACAUCAGUACAACUGAUAAACACGAAUGAAGUGGUUGAUAAUAAUGUUACGAAAUGUAUUAAUAUUAUAUAUAGGUAUAUAACAAUGCAACCUUCCAGAUAUCUCUGGUGGCAGCUCAAAAGUGCAGCAAUACAUCGUAAAUACUUGUUAAUGCUCUAUUAGAAGAAUGCGAAAUAAUGAUAUUAAUAAUAAUGAUAACGACACUCUAUAGCUGCCUUGUUAUGUAAAGUUUGGCAAAUGAGAAGAAAAAAAUUAAUAUACAUGUUAGUAUCUCGAUCAUGAUACAAAUCAUGUCAUUUGUUUUAGAUCUAGAUUAACGGUUGUAUAUUGUAGAUGAAAUUAUUUAUACGAUCGUAAUUAGAAUAUUUUAUAUCGUGUGUUAUCAAGCGCAUAGACUGCAUACUCAUAACAGGGAUCUUUUGUCUUGUAUUACCAAGACAAACUCAUGGUACUAUAAGCACGGAAGCGCGUAGAAUCUCAAGUAUGUAACAUUUUGUAUGACCUUUUUACGAGUUUGCAAUUUUAUAUUUACCUCUAGAUUAAUAUGGAUUUUAAUAAAUGAAAAUUUCAAGUA